CCAGCACUUCAUUUUAUCUUUGUUAUUUAAUUUGUCCACCAGGGUGCAGGGAUACAAGUCCUUGGGAACAUUCCACAGAUUACCAGAUCGUUACUCAAAGUCUUUCAUUCUGACGAACCGUUUCGUAAGGACGCAGGCAGCCAAAGAGAUUCGAACUACCGGCGGGGCAGUGGAACUGGAGAACAGAAGUCUACAGCCGUUGUCACCGGGACAGAGGUUGUCCGCUCACACUUCGGGGAGAACCGGUCUGUUUGGGAGAGGAUGAAUCUCCUACUGGGCAUCGCUCUGCUGCUUCUCGCGGCUCAGCUGUCGGAAUCCGCCUGCUUCUUUCAGCUACAGAGCACAAGCGCACCGGGCAAAGCACAGGAGUCCAAGAUCUGUAUUGAUACGACCGACGGGUCGGUGCACGAAGUGGGAGAAUCGUGGAACGCAACCAACUGCAUGGUGUGUUGGUGUGAAAAUGGGAGCUACAGAUGCUGUGAAAGGUCUCCGAGAACAUUCGUCUACCCUGAAGAUUGUGUGGCCGUAUUCGACAAUGAAGCGUGUCAGUAUCGAAGCCACGCGAAGGGCAACCCUUCUCUCGAAUGUUCAUGAGGGGACGGCUGGAGAUAGGGUGGAAUACACACGCGUCUCGCUUCUAAUGUGGAGACAUGCAUCAAUGGGAUACGGGAGUCUUGACUAUUGCAUGUAAUACCUGUAUCACAAUAAACAUAUUCUACAGUU